AUCGGCAGCCGGCCCGUCCUGGUGCUGAGCGGGCUGGACACCAUCAGGCAAGCCCUGGUGAAGCAAGGAGAAGACUUCAUGGGUCGUCCUGACCUCUACAGCUUCCGGUAUGUUGCAGAUGGGCAGAGCCUGGCCUUCAGCCCUGACUCAGGGGAGGUGUGGAAAGCCCGCAGGAAGCUGGCCCAGAACGCCCUGAAGAGCUUCUCCAUCGCCCCCAGCCCCACCUCCUCUUCCACCUGCCUCCUGGAGGAGCACGUCUCCAAGGAAGCUGCCUACCUGGUCACCAAGUUCCUGGAGGUGAUGGACAAGGAGAAGAGCUUUGACCCUUACAGAUACGUGGUGGUCUCUGUGGCCAAUGUCAUCUGUGCCAUGUGCUUUGGCAAACGUUACGACCACAGCGACCAGGAGCUGCUCAAUAUAGUGAAUGAAACUCACAAGUUCAAUGAUGUGGCAGCUUCUGGCAACCCUGCUGACUUCAUCCCCCUGCUCCAGUACCUUCCCAGCCGGGCCAUGGAUUUAUUUAAAGAUUUCAACCAGCACUUCCUCCGUUUCCUGCAGAAGAUUGUCAAAGAGCACCAUGAGACCUUUGACAAGAACAACAUCCGAGACAUCACUGACUCCCUCAUUGAGCAGUGCCUGGAGAAGAAAGUGGAAGCAAAAACUGCCACACAGAUCCCUAAGGAGAAGAUUGUCAACCUUGUCAAUGACCUCUUUGGAGCAGGCUUUGACACCGUGACAACUGGCCUGUCCUGGAGCCUCUUGUAUCUCGUGACCUACCCCAACAUCCAGAAGAGGAUCCAGGAAGAAAUAGACCAGACCAUUGGCUGGGAGAGAAGACCGAGGCUGUCGGACCGGGGCACCCUGCCCUACCUGGAAGCCUUCAUCCUGGAGAUGUUCAGACACUCCUCCUUCCUGCCCUUCACCAUCCCACACAGCACCACCAGGGACACAGUGCUCAAUGGCUACUACAUCCCAAAGGACCUCUGUGUCUUUGUCAACCAGUGGCAGGUGAAUCACGAUGAGAAACUUUGGAAGGACCCACAGACCUUCAACCCAGAGCGUUUCCUCAACGCUGAAGGCACCGAAGUGAACAAAGUGGCUGGGGAGAAGGUGCUGGUUUUUGGCCUGGGGAAAAGGAGGUGCAUUGGGGAACCCAUUGCCAGGUGGCAGGUCUUCCUUUUCCUGUCCACCUUGCUCCAGCAGCUGGAGUUCAGUGUCUGUGAUGGCAAGAAGGUGGACAUGACACCGCUCUUUGGACUGACCUUGAAGCACAGGAGGUGUGAGCACUUCCAGGUCAAGCAGCGUUUCCCCGUGCAGAGCAUGAGCUGA